CUCGUAAAUAACCAUAAGUAAAACAUAGAACAAACAAAAUGAAAAAGGUUUCAAAGUGUGGCAUAGCAGCCGUCUAGGAAGACUGUGAAAGCGCAGCUAGGUAUAUCAACAUGACGUAUGAAACGCAGGUUUCCAGAAAAGAAAACGUUCGCUUAAAAAUACCAAUUUUACAUCUCAUUUUUUUUACAUGUUUCAUUUUCAACACCAUCAACUUAAAUUAUGGAUUCCUCGAUGAUUUACUAAAUCCGGAUUUUUAUUCGCCGCCAGAAAUGAUAAAAAGAAAUGGAUACCCAAUAGAAAUCUAUAACGUGACAACUUCCGAUGGAUAUAUUCUAGACUUGCAAAGAAUUCCUCAUGGAAAAUCAAAUAAAAAUGGCAGUCAUUUUCCUAUACUUUUGAUCCAUGGAUAUAUCGAUUCUUCAUUCGCAUGGAUCGCCAAUGGACCAAAAAGAGCCUUAGCAUACUUAUUAGCAGAUCAAGGAUACGAUGUGUGGAUGAUCAAUUUACGCGGCAAUACAUUUUCUAGUAAUCACAUCAACUACACAGCGAUGGAUCCAGAAUUCUGGGAUUUCAGUUACGAUGAAAUGGGUCGUUAUGAUUUACCAGAAACCAUCGAUUUUAUUUUGAACAAAACGAAUCAUUCGCAAUUACUAUGCAUAUGCGAUUCGGCUGGAAACGCUGUGUUUUACAUGAUGUUAUCAGAUCUGCCACAAUACAAUGAUAAAAUAAUUGCUCAAGUUGGUAUAGCAUUUUUUUAUCACCACAAAAAUGUAUCUGAAUCAAAUUCAUCAGUGGAUUCUAAUUCGAAUUACACAACCACUUAUGCACUCGGUCCUUACAUGGAUCGCAAUUGGAUAGUGGAUCUUGGAAUAGAGUUUUCAACAACAAUACAGGAAUUGAACGGAUACUCAUUGUACGACUAUAUCUUAUACUUAAUGUAUGGUCUACGGCCUGAUCAUAUUAACAGGGAGAUAAUGCCAAGUGUUUCUGCUAAUUUCCCGGCGGGAACCUCAUUUAAAGCAAGUGAUCACCUGGGCCAACUUCAUCAGUCCUUCAGGCAUUUUGACUACGGUCCAGCAAAAAAUUUGGAAAUUUAUGGAACAACUCUGCCUACGGAAUACAAUAUUAGUGAUAUACAAGUACCAGUCCGUAUUUAUCAUGCAAAAGAAGAUAAUGCUGCUACCCCAGAAGAAGUGCAAUAUUUUUACGAUCGUAUACCAAUAAAAGCAGGAGUGAUAGAAAUUGCCGAUCCUAACUUCAGUCACAUGGACUUCUUAUAUAAUGAACACAACAACGAAUUAUUCAAUUAUGACGUAUUAGAAUUCGUGAAUGAUAUGGUCAAUAAUGCUUUGAAAAAUACUUAGACUAAGCAUAAGGAUGAGGGCACACGCACUAACAAGGGAACCCUCCCACAUGAUAAUCUCCGAUUUGAAUGAAACUUGGACAGGUGGAAAGAGGACCUCAAAAAAACCCCAUCCCUAAAUUUUCAGCUGCUGAAGUUGAUUUUUCUAUUUUUGGCGAGCGUGUGAAGUUUUGUGUAUUUUUUAUAUUUUUUUUUCAUGUUAUAUGUCAAAAAAUUCGAUUUCUGAUGAUAAUUCCAGAUUUGACCGACGGUAGUACUUAUCGAUUAGGUAUCAAGCAGAGACCCUUUGGCCAAAAUUUCAGCUGCUGAAGUUCAUGUGGUGGGGAGAAACGGCCAUUUCUUGAAUUCAUUCAUAACAUGGGAAAAAACAGUAAAAAAUUUUGUUUCCUGAACGGAUGGCCGGAUCCGGCCAAUGAUGGCAUGAGUCGAUUUGGUAUUCGGCAGAGACUGUUUGACCAAAAUUUGAGCCCUUGAAGUUCAUUAGAAGAGCUUAAUUGACUCAUUUUUCAAAUUUUUCAAUGGCAUUUAAAAACCAGCAAUUGGGCAAAAAAUUCGUUUUCUGAUGAUAAUUCCAGAUCCGGCCGGCGGUAGUAUUAGUCAAUUAGGCAUCAAGCAUAGACCCUUUGACCAAAAUUUCAGCAGCUGAAGUUCAUGCGGUGGGGAGAAACGGCCAUUUUUCGAAUUUACAGAACAACUUUACCUGUGUACACAAAACUUCUAACGCUCGUCAAAAAUCGAAAAAUCAACUUCAGCAGCUGAAAAUUGGGGGAUGGGGAUUUUUUGAGGUCCUCUUUCCACCAGUCCAAGUUUCAUUCAAAUCGUAGAUUAUCAUGUGGGAGGGUUCCCUUGUAAGCAUAUUUUCAACAUCAAUAAUAUGAAUAGGUAAUAGAAUUAAACAUUUUCAAUGUA